AUCUUUUCAUGCGUUCUUUUUACCUCUAGUUUAGCGACACGUCUUUCGUAGUCCAUGCGGCUUAGUCGUUUGAUGGCCGUCCUCGCGCCGCUGGCGAUUUCCUUGCGAGACGCGUCUUUACGCGCUGCUGUUAGCUUCCUUGCAUGCGUUUCACGAAUCAGAGGCGAUUAGUCUGCUCUUAUUAAAAGAUCUGUUACUUUCGGCUUCGCCAACUGGAUUUGGCUUGAGUUGUAGGGCGGACUCGUUACCUCUUAUUAGCGCACCGCGUGUAUCCGCGUUUCCAGGAGCCUUAGCAAGCCGCGUGAGGAUGAACUGGUCUCUAUCCUCGCUAGAAUCAUGCCCGUCAGACGCGUCCGUCGGGAGCUUGAAACGAUUAACGUAGGGAUGAUGAUGUCGGGCUCUAUCCUCGCUAUUAUCAUAUCCGAGGUGCUAUACGCUAUCGUCUCGUAGCGAGGUAUUCGAUUCAGCUGUCAUACGAUGUUCCUAGACUCUAUCGUCUCGAGAAUCCUCCGUCAGAAGCUACCUGAAUUUCUCCCCGUGCAGCCAAUCCAUCCCCUUUUAUGAGAAUUCGCUUGACUCUCUUAUCAGCUGUCACACGAUGGUGCUAAACGCUACCGUGUCGAGAGUAAUCCGGCAGAAGCUAUCCGAGCUUCUCCCCUUGCAGCCAAUCCUGUUUUGAGCCCUGUUUUGUGAGAACUCCUGUGACUCUCCUAGUCAGCUGUCACACGAUGGUGCUAGACUCUAUCGUCUCCAGAAUCAUCCGGCAGAAGCUCUCGGAGCUUCUCCCCUUGCAGCCAAUCCAUCCAGAUGCCGUCCGAGCGAGCGUCCUCAACGGUUCAGUGCACCUGGCCGAAGCCGUGGCGUGUCCAGAUUCAUUGAAUCGGGAGUGGGUGGGGGGGGAUAGUCCCGUGCGGGUGUCAGCUGCACGUGUUGGGUCUGUGAGGCUGGAGAUACGGCUGCUGGGAUCGGAGCACGUCAGACUGAUUGUGAACGGCCUUGAUGUCAGCUUAGUGCCGAGGCCCGCUUGCAAGCCACAUGAAGAUAACAGCAGAGCGUAUGAUCAGCAGCAGCAUAGAGCGGUGGUGGGCGAGGGAGAGGAUGGGGCGACUUUUGAGUCGACUCAAAAGUCACCUCUCAACAGCAGAGCGUAUGAUCAGCAGCAGCAGCAGCAGCAGCAGCAGCAGCAGCAGCAGCAGCAGCAGCAGCAGCAGCAGCAGCAGCAUAGAGCGGUGGUGGGCGAGGGAGAGGAUGGGGCGUGCAGCGAGGAUGAAUCCGUGACUCAGCAGCUUGCCCUUCUGGACCCCGAGGGAGCAAGCCUCCACGAGGCCAUCAAGCGCCACUUGGCGCAGCGCCAUUCGCCGUUCACUCUCUCCCAGUGGCUGGGUCAAGUGGUGGCGUCAUGGGUACAUGUGGAGUUGCAUGACGUGUCCCUGCGCCUGCACACAUGCUCAUGCAAACGGGUCCAGCCGUGGGAGGAGAAAGCUAGGCCAAGGGGUAGCGAUGAGUUCACAGAGGCGCAGAGUAUGCAGGCCGGGGGACGCUGCAUGGGUGCCGCAACCGCUGUGACUGCUGGCGCUGCCUCUGCUUGUGCUGGUGCAAAUGUGGGUGCGGAUGUUGGCGCUGCCUCUGCUUGUUCUGAUGCAAAUUUGGGUGCUGCUGAUGUGGAUGUUAGUGGUGGUGCUGCUGCUACUGCUGGUGCUGGCGCUGCACCUUCCGUCUGCUGUCUUGGUCUGGAAAGGCUGGCGUUUUCCUGCCGCUCUUUCACCCCUCAAGUAGCGCGUAGAUGGCCUACAGGGAAUGUAGCAGCGACAGAGAUUCGGACAAAUCCGGCACCUGGGGUGGAUGCAGGCACUGGGCUAGACGCAGGGAGAGAAGCCGGUGUUGUGAGAGAGGCGGAAAAACAUGUUUCUAGGGGCGAUGGGGAUGGGGAUGGGAGCAGUAGCAGCAGCGGCAGAGCACGAGCACACUGGAGGGGUCUGCUUGCUGGGCUGUGUGGUGUUGCGUGCCUCAUGUACACGCUCGUUGCUCCCCUGUCGCUCAUAGACCAGCAUCCGGACUCCACUGGCCACAGAGCAUUGCAUCAGCAGCUGCUGUCGCACCAAAGGAGUUCCUGGUUCCAAGGCCUUUUUUGGAAGUCUCCCUCUAGAGGCUACUUUUGGAAGCCGCUGGUGCAGACCCAGUGGGUGGGGCCAGCAGCAGAGGCAGCAUUGCUAGGCAGCACAGCAGAUGCAGCCGCAAAGGUAGGAGGAAAGCAGUGGACAGGCUCUUUCCAGCAAUCUGCGCUGCUGCUCUGGGCCCUGGGAGUUGUUUCUAUCUGCAGUCUCCUGGCUUUUCACCUGAUGCGCACUGCCAGGGACACCGCAGCACAGGCUGAGGCAGCAGUGAGGUGGAUAAAGGCAGCGGUAGUUGUGGGGAAAGGGGAGGGUGAGGAGGAAGAGGUAAGGGAGGAAGAGGAGGAGGAGGACGAGGAGGAUGCUGGGGAGGAGGAAGGAGAGGAGGGAGAGGAGGAGGAGGAGGAGGGGGAAGAGGGGGAGGAAGAGGAAGGGGAGGAAGGAGAGGAGGGUGGUGGUGAAGGAAGGGAGGAGGAUUUAGGGGAGCUUAUGAUUUCUGGCGCACCCCGUUCUGAACCAGCCAGGCCAGCCAACGGUUCACGCAGAAACACUAUCACAUCAUUCCAGCUUCCUUCCUCCUCUACCCUCCAUCCCCCGCCAACUCGUCACGAUAUAAUCUUCCCAUUCGGGGCGUGCAUCCAGCUGGAAGUCUCCCGGGACUGGGCCCUGCAGCACACCGUCGUGUCCCUGCAUGAGUCAGUGAGAGUCUGUGUGAGAGGCAUGCCGGACCUGCUUCCCCUGGCAUCUUCUGCUGCUGCCUUUUCUCCCCCCUCUUCUCCACCCUCUCCCUCCGCCACUCUUCGUCUCCCAUCACCUCUACUAUCUACAUCCACGCCAGCACUACCAGAGUCGUCUGCACCAGUGGAUGCAUCAUCACCCAGUGGCAGUGGCGAGGGCAGUGGCAGUAGCAGUUGCAGCGGCAACGGCAGCGGCAGCGGCAGCGGUAGCAGCAGUGCUAGUAGCAGCAGCAGCAGCAGCAGUAGUAGUGGACACAAGGCUGCAGAUUCUGAGGCAAACAGAGAGGUUACAGGUAGAGAGGGUACAGGUAGAGAGGGUACAGGUAGAGAGGGUACAGGUAGAGAGGAUAGGGAAGCCGCAGUCGCCACAACUCCCACCACAGAAGGUGCUCACGGGACGAACCCUCGCCAGCAGACAAUCACCUCUGCAACUUCCAUAACGGAAUGCCCGAACAACCAACCUGCGACUCCCACCACAGAAGGUGCUCAGGGGACAAACCCUGGCAAUCUCGCCACAAAGGGCCAGCAGACAAUCCCCUCUGCAAAUCCCAGAGCAGGAGGCCCGAGCAAGCAACCUGUGUCUCCCACGCAGCACUCCCUGAGGAGAGAUCCGGGUCAGAGUUCAAACACACGGAUUGUGAGAGGCAGGUCGGCACGUGCCAGGUGGCAGCGCGCGGUUGGCCAAGUGAUGCAGCAGAUUCGGCAGAGGAAGGCGCUCAGAAUGGGUGCCGCUGUAGAUGCUGUGGCUCUCAGAAAACGGUACGCCACUCUCUAUGCCGAUUGGCUGCGGGCAGCCACCGGAAUCUUCCCUCCUGCCCGGAGGAAAGAGGGGGGCGUUUCUGGCCGCUCGUUGGCUUUUUGGAGGGAGGGGGCGAGUGAUCAGCAGAGAAAGGCAGUUGCGUCGAUGGAGUGUGAGAUGACAGAGGCUGAGAAGAGGCUCGGGGCAACUGGAGUGGUUUUGGCUCGGCGCUUGGCUCGGAUGCAGGCUCGGAAGGAGGCUCGGAAUCAGGCUGGGAAGAAGGCCCACUGGAGUGACUCCUGGGAUGUGCUGCAGGAAACGAGGGGUGAAUGGGGAACGGCAGAGCUGGGGGUGGAGAGGGGUUGGGAGGGGUUGGAGAGAGGCAGGAGUGGCGGGUGGGAAGUACGGGCGGCUGGGUUGGACGUUGUGGUGGGACUGGUGGGACCAAACAUGCCUCUCUUGGUGUUCGAUCCCAGUGAAGGAGAAUAUGCAUCUGCUGAUAGUGCCCUUGCUGCUGCUGCUGCUGCUGGAGUGCCUGCUGCGGCUACAAUCGAUAUGGGCGGAUUGGGUGAUCCAAGCCAUGCGAGCCAUUUAGGUACCCUGCACGUGUCGGUGUCAGGAGUGCGAGCAGGCAUGCUGACGCUGCCUUCAGGGGGCUACCAGUGCAGCGCACAGGUCACAGCCGUGCAUGGAUGUAUUCGUGUUGACGCACACAAUAGCGAUGAUUUCUGCUGCCCGCAACAGGACAUGAGCCGCCUCUGCAGUAGCAGUAGCAGCAGCAGCAGCACAGUCCCGUUUCUGAGCCUGUCUGGUGGGGAAGACCCGAGGAAGGUAGCUUCUGGGGAAGGUAGUGCUGCUGGUGGUGAGGGGGGGGGUGCAUGGGAUGAAGUUACAGGCCAUGGCGUUGAUACAACUGUGACGGAGGCAGGAAGGGCGUUUUCCAUCCCAGCCCUCCGCCUCCUCCGCCUCCUCACUCCUGUGCUCCGCUUACUGCACCGCUCGCACGGGGAUGCAGCAGAACCACAGGAAGCAGCAGCUAGUUUGGACAGCACCACCCCCACCGCCAACAACAACAACGGCAGGGGAAUUAGCAGCAGAGUCACCAUCCCCAGUGCUCCUAACAAUUCCUGUUUCAUGGUAUCUCAGAAUACCGGGAGCACAAGUCCAGCCUAUCAGGAGCCUUUCCUGUCUUUCCGCAUGGCUGCCCCUGCUCCAGCCUCCGCCAGACCAGACAGGCCAGUGCAAGUCCACGUGGCAGCUGGUGAUUCGCUCCUGGCUGUGAGCCCAGAUAUGAUUGCUGCAUUUCUCAAAUUGGGAACGUUGGUAGAGCAGGCGAUGGCAGUUGCUAGCAGGAGCGGAGGAGAGAGCAGAGGAGACACGAGAGGAGACAGCGAAGGGGGCAGUCGUGGGGAACAGAACAGGAGCAGUAGAAGCAAUGGGAGCACAAUGGGGAGCACACGAGUGCCACGCACCAGUGAAAAUCCUCCCACUCCCACGAGUGGCAAUCGCCCCAUUGGCAGCUUAGACAGUCUAUUAGCAACCAUGCAGAUGUCUCUGGAUGGUCUCAUUCCCGUCGCAUCGUGGCGUGUGAACGCGACAAGUGGCAGGCUGUGGUUGGGUGUUGGAGUUCGGGCUGACGUGGCAGCGGCGGCAGCAGCUGCUGCUUGUCUGACUCGUGGCAGCAAGUCUGCAGCCAAUGAUGGCCUGGCACUGACAGCCCUGCCCCGGAGAAAAUCUGUCUCGGAUUCGAGAGUUGGGGUGAAUACAGAGGCAUCAAUUCCAGUCAAGUCGGCGACACCAUCCCGUUCAACAGGAGGAGAAACAGCAGGAGCAGCGAGAGAACGAGCAGGAGAAUCAGCAGGGGCAGGAGAACGAGUAGCAGCAGAAGGAGCAGCAGAGAAGCAGGAGGAAGGCCACGUGACAGUAAUGAGCGGUGCAGAUGUGAUAGUUGCGGAGGUUUCCUCUCUUUCAAUUAGGCUCCGUCCCAAGCCUCCGUACAGCCCAUGCGUGGGUCCCAUUGGUGGUAACCAUACGCCCCUCAAUGGUAACCGUACUGUUUCUGGUAACUUCGAAAGCUCCAUCAAUAGCCGGACAGCUGUGAAUGCAGGGCAAGAGGAGAGAGGGUGCCAGGUGCAAGGAGAGGAGGGUUUGGUGGAGGGGAAGGGCAAGGAGAGAAGAGGACGAGGUAAGGGGGAUGAGAUGGGAGGGGAGGAGGAUGAGAUUGAAAUGUGGGAAGACGAGAGGAGGCGAGGGGUUUGGGAGAGGCUGGAGCAGGCUGUUUGGAACGGACGGCCAAGAUCAGCCAGCAGAGGGAGAGAGUGCAAUCCGACGGUGGGAGACAGUGGAGAGCUACGGGGGGAUGGGGCAGUGGGCGAGGUGACUGUAACGGGGCUCUGCAUCCAGGCAGUGGGUGUAGGCAUGGAUAUGGCGGAUGAAAUUUGUGAUGGUGGGUUGGAAAGUCGCGGUGGUGGUGGGGUGCACUUUCAGGGCAACAGGCAGAUGCAGGGGGGAAGCUGGGGGAGGAAGAGCAGGGAGUUUGAUGCGGUGACGAGGAGUGAGUCUGUGUGGACAGCGGUGCUGGCUCCCACUCGUCUGAGUGUGCUUGCCUCCUUGUACCGAUGCCAGACAACCACGUUGAUCACAUCCGAUACAAUCACAUCCACGGCUGCUCUGAUCCGUGUCCCUGUAUUAGCAGCCUCAGUACCCGCCACAGUCAUCCAUGCGCUUCCCAAGGUUCUCCAAGCCAUUCUGGAAGCUGGCAGCUUGUCGGCAUCGGAUACACCUCCCAGCCCAAGGGCAACUGAACCCGCAGCCACUGUACAUACGCCGAGCACUGUAGAUACACAUACGCCUCCAAGCCUUGUAGACUCCCCAAGCUCUGUAGAUAAACCAUCUGCUUCUACUUCCUCUGCCUCCUCCUCUUCCUCUUUCCCCUCCUCCUCAUCGUCCUCCUUCUCUUUUUCUCUCGCCCUUGGCCUAGAGAUUGCCUCUCUCUCUGCUGCUCUCUGUGCUACAGUGCCCUUCAGUCUGUCCUCUGACACGUGGCACACGGGACGAGGAGAGGGGAAAGCAGAGGAGGAUGAGGGAGAGGGGCAGGAGGGGAGUCUAUUUUUGAGGCGCCUCAAAAAUAGACUCCUCACACAGGAGGAUGAGGGAGAGUGGAAGGAGAGCAGAUGGGAUGUGAGGGGGAAGGAAGAGGGAGGAGGUAAUGUGGGGGAUGAUAUUCCGUUCAGCAGGAGUAGCAGUUUGCAGGUAAGAGGCAAAUGGGGAGCUGCGGACGGGCGUAGGCGGGGGUCUAUAAGUGGGGGGGGAUUUACAGAUGAGUCGAGAGAGGGUGGGGGAGAUGGAUGGAGGGAUAAGAGAAGAGCGAGAGGGGAGGUGGAAAGUGCAGGGAUGAUGGGCUUGGGGAGAAGGGGGGAGUCGUGGGGGGGAGAUGAGGGAAACAGGCGAGGUGUGGGUGUGAGGGACCUUCAACAAGGAGGUAGUAUGCAGGGUGGGGAGGGGGAGGGGGAGCGGUGGGGAGUAGAUGAGGGAAUCGGGCGAGGUGUGGGUGUGAGGGACCUUCAACAAGGAGGUAGCGUGCGACGGGGAGAGAAGGAGGUGAGGAGGAAAGUGCGCCUGCUUCGAACGACUUCUGAGCAGCCGUGGAUGGUGCGAGGGGAGGAGGGCGAAAGGCAGGCAGUGGGGGGCGAUGUAGUGCUGGGAGACGUGGAUAAGGCGGGUAGGUCUUGGAUGUCGAACGGAGAGGUGGAUGGUGGAGUGGGAAGCGGUGAGGAGGGGCCGAGAGGUGAGGGAGAGAUCCAUGGUGAUCGGGGGGAUGGGGAUGAGGGCUACAGGCGUGGAACAGAUGGGAUGGAUGGGGCUGGCAUCAUGCGAGGCGUGCGAGAGCAAGGCAGCGGAAGAAGAGGCAGAUGGAGUAGCGGGAAGAGCAGCAGAUCGAACAGCGGAAGGAGCAGUAGAAGGCACUUGCCAUCCGCGAGAAUGCUUGGGAAGGGCCUGUGGAGGGCCCUGGGGCUGGCUCAGCAGGGUGAGGAUGGUGCUGAGAAGGAAGGGCGAGGUGAGGCAGGGGGGAGGAUGAGGAGAAUAGCCUCUGUAUCAACACCUGCACAUCACAUCACCAUCGAAGCCCAGGGCAGGAUGCAGCAGGUGGCAGCAGCAGAGGCGCGGAAUCUCACUCUGGAUGUUCUUCUGACUGAUGAUACCGACAGCACCCGCCUGAGUGACAGCGCCGAGGGCUGGCAGCAGCAGGUGCUGGUGGGCGUGGCGCCUGUGCUGCUCUCCUGCCACUCCGAUGGGUCUGAGGUGGUGAGGAAGGUGCUGCGGAAGGUGAAGAGCGGCGGCAGGGACAGGAGGAGCAGUGGUGGAAGAAAUGGAAAGAGCCGGGGACGUGGUUUGUUGAUGUUAGCACUGCCCGUGCUGGGAGGUCCAGUGGACACAAUACGGGUGAAUCAUUUCUCAGCUCGGGUAACUCAAUCGAUCCAUCCCUUGCCUUUGCCUGCCUCAGAAGCACAUCCUCUUUUCAACGGAGCCUCUUUGAUUCAGGCUUCCUCUCCUGGUCCUCUCUUCAACGGUGACGCAGCGGCUUCCCUGUGGAAUGUCCCUGCGCUUGCUAGUCUCGAUGAUUCACAGGAGGGAGGGGAGGAGGGAGCGGAGGAGGAGGCACGUCAGCAGCAGCAGGAACAGAAGCGUCUUCAGCACAUGCCAAGCUUUCUAGGGCCUCGGGAGAGAGGCAGCAGCAGGAGCAGGGGCAGCAGGGGCAACAGCCGCAGCAGCAGCAGCAGCGGCGGCGGAGGCAGCAGUAACACUGGGUCACCAGCUGUCUCUGAUUGCUCUGAGGUGUGGCAACUGUCGGCUGCUGUGGGCACCAUCCGGGGUGAGAGCAGUGCCAGGCUCGGGGGGCUCAGCAGGUUCGGCAGGGUUGAGAGGCUCGGCAAGCUGGCCAGAAUGGGCAGGCUUGGAAGGGAUCGCAAGCACCCAGGCAGUGUGCAGAAACAACACUCAGAAGCCGCUGACGUGUCAGUCGUGUAUCAAUUGCCCUUGGCACCGAAUGGCGCACCGUCUACUGUAGCGUCCUCAGGGGACUCCAUUGGUCUGUCCUGGCAGGGAGGGCUCAUCGCCCUGGACCCCGCUUCUCUCUCCCGCCUCUCCCUCUCCCUCUCAGCUCUCUCCCCCCUCCUCACGUGCAGUGCUUUGGGACAGGGGAGGGGGAGGACGAGGGAUGGUAGAGCUGACAGGACAGCUGCUGAAAGGCUUGAUCGAGAGGGCCUGUCUGCAAGUGCUGCUGUAGCGGCACGGGCUGGAGCUCCCUCCUACAUGGCAGCUCUCCGGCUGCUGUGUGCGCAUGCACAGGUGGAUGUGGCUGGGAUUCGGCUGCUGCUGCUGCACCCAGAUCCAGAGAAGGGUGGCUUCCUCGUGCACCUGAGUGCAGACCUCUCUUCCAAGGUCGCACCGUGUGGAGUGGAUGCACUGGAAGCAGACGAAGCAGAGGAAGCAGAGGAGAUUCGUGAAUCUCGUGAAUUCAACAGUUUUGAGAUCCACGAGAGGAGAAGCACCAGCGAUGGCUUCAGUGGUGGCAGUGGCAGCAACAGCCGCUGCCUGAGCCAGAGCCAGAGACAGAGCAGCAGCCAUUGUCACCAGAAUGACAGCAGCGUACAUGCAGUGAAUGUAGACCUGAAGCGCCUGGCAGUGAGGAGUGUUCGGUGUGGCCAGUUUCAGCUUAGUCAAUCCGUCCUUGCACCCGAUACUGCUGCCAAAGCUUCUGCUGCUGCUGCUGCCAAAGCUUCUGCUGUUGCUGCUGCCGAAGCUUCUGGUGCUGCUGCCGAAGCUUCUGCUGCUGCUGCUGCCGAAGCUCCUGCUGCUGCUGCUGCUGAGGCGGAGGAGUGGGAAGAGGAUGAGGGGGUUGUUGUUGCUGUUGCUGCUGGUGAGCGGAAUGGCAAGGCUGAUGGGAGGAAGGAGGGUGCACGAAUGGAGGAUCUGCUUAGAAGAGGGAACCCUCAUCCAGGCAAAUUCCGUCUGGAUGAGGGCGAUGUCGGUGGUGAUACUAGCGAUAGUGAUGGUGAUGGUGAUGGUGAUAGUGCCGGUGAUGGCGCUGAUGUUGGUGAUGCGGACAGCAGCAUUCUGCCUGGCCUCUCUGCUCGCCUGGAGCUGCGGCAGCGGCUCACCAGUGGUUCAUCUUGUGCACCUGAUUGCAGCCGCAGCCUGCCAUCGAGAUUGGGAAGGGAAGUGAUUCAUCCAGGGGUUCGUCAGGCUACAGCAGCAGCUGCUGCAGCACGAACAGCUGCUCUUGGUCCAGCCGGCAAGUGGUGGGAUGCGGUGGAGGGGUGUUUGGAUGUGAGGGGAGCUGAUGUGGCAGUCACUGUGGCAGAGAUUCAGAUGCUGCUGUCGCUCCUCUCCUCCAUCUCGCCAUCAGCACC